AUGAUAAAAAAUGAAAUUAGAAGCGACUUUGAGAAAGGAGGCUUAAGAAGCAAGCGAUUAAGGAGAGAUUUAACAUCGGAGAUUAUCGCAGCGUGUGAACCAUCAAAGUCAACACAGACCUUUUUGGCGGAAAAGAGCGCUGGCAGUGGUGCUAAAAGUGCCGCUAAGUCAUUGAGCUUCAAUUUGCCCCCGGUCUUUGUCACUCCAGUUGUACCUCAAUCGAGAACUCUGGUUGAAACGAGCGCUGGAAUUGGUGUAAACAGCGCCGCAAAAACACCUACCACUUGUACUUCUUCACUUCUUGAUAAUACAUAUGGCCCGAUGCCAGGAGGAUCAUUUUCUGUUUUAAAUUUUUUUGUUCCACCGUUAACGUCAACUCCUGCAGCAAAGGCGAAACCAAACGAUGCUAUAAGCACAACUACGACGGUGAAACUGACCAUCAACUACCCAAGUAAAGUAGUGGAGAAAGUUCUUUCAGAAGAAUACCAGGCCAUGAUCAGCAGAAAGAACAUGACAAUGUCAAAGCAAAAUCGUGACAUACACUGGGUCAACCACAAAAUGUUUAUUAACAGGGUCUCUGGAAAUGACCUGCCUAAUGAUGGCCCUUAG